GGGAGCCGCCCCGCAGCUGGAGGAGCCUGAGGCGCCGGCCGGCGGGGGUCCCCAGGGCGCAGGCAGCCAGGAUUGCUUGCCACCUGCGGCAUCUUUUCAGAGACGGCGGCGGCUGGCACGGAAACCGGCUACAUGAGACGCGAGGCCGGGCCCCUGAUCAGGUUGCUCUCCGCUGCCGGGGGCGCCUCGUCCCGGGCCCAGGGCGGGGCGUGCGGUGAGGAGCCCCAUCAGUCCGAGUCCAGGCCCAGACAGUGUGGCCUUGACCCUGGAGGCCCGUGGCGGGGCCCCGAGGUUGGGAGCCCACUUCCCACGAGUGCAGCAGCCUCAACUCUCGCUCCUGAGGGCCCCCAAGGCCCAGUCCAGACCCCGGCGCGAGGGGCCCCAGGCUUCUCUGGGAUUCAGUUUGGAGCUGGCACCGAUUGCCCUCCAGGCUGCCCAGGGGGUGCGGCCCUGGGGAUGCUGGGUGUCAGGGGGCAGCGCCCACCCAUGGACAGUCCUGAGGCCCCAGGUCCUCGCCGGGACGCCACCUGCGGGGAAGGAGCGAGGGGCACCCGGACAGAAGGCCGCCCGGCCCCCGAGGAGGGGAGUGGCCCCAGAUGCAGCCUCGGGAGUGGCCCCCAGGCCCCCUCGCCCCCCGCCAGCCCCCCGCCGGCCUUCACCUCCAGCUUCAGCUUCAUCCGGCUCUCGCUUGGUUUGGCCGGGGAACGCGGAGAAGCGGAGGGCUGCCCGCCGGCCAGGGAGGCCGAGGACACGGGGGCCAGAGCUGCCAGCCUGGAUGGGCCCCGCCAGGACCCUGGACGUCUCUCUCCCCACUUUGGUCUCAAGGCAGCUUGGGGCCCCGCGGACUCCGCCUGGACCCGGGCAGGCGGCCCCCGGCUGGAGGGUGAGCCACUCUCUGUACUGGACACAGACGCUGCCUCCUCCUGCUCCCCGGAUCCCCCAGGGUGCGAGGGGGCUGCUAGCCGCUGGGACCCGCUGCUCCGGAAGUGCGAACCCCUGCUGCAGGGGUGUCUGCUCAGCCACCGCCGACGGCUGGAGGUGAACGCCUUAAGGCUGAAGCUUCAGAAACUCCAGGAGAAAGCAGUUGAGGAGGAUGAUUAUGAUAAGGCGGAGAUGUUCAAGCACAGGUUGGACGACCUGGAGGAGGAGGAAGAGGAGGAGGAGGAGAGCGGUCUGUGCUUCCAGCUCCCCUCGAGGCAGCCGGCUCUCUGCAGCCUCCUGGUCCACCUGGGAGCCCAGGCCGAGGCCGCCUUGCACCGGGCAGCUGAGCAGGCGGGCGGUGAGGACACCCAGGCCCCGCUCCGCAUGGAGCCCCCCGCUGAGGACCCCCCGUGCGCGUCCGUCACCAGACGAGACCAACUUCUUCACGAAAAGCAGCAACUGCAGGAGGAGAUGGAAGCCCUGCAGGCCCGUAUGUCUGUGCUGGCAGCGAAGGACCAGCAGCUGAGAAGGGAGAUGGACCUGCAGCAGCAGCUCCUCCGGUGGCGGGACUGUGACCUGCGGCCCCUGCUGGAAGGGCUGACCCCAGGCGAGCUGCAGGAGGUCCACCAGGCGGUGAGGGACACCCUGGCCCUGGCCGGUCAGAGUCCCCUCCCUGCAGGACCUCCCGAAGCCAUAAGGAGCCUCCAGGAAAGGCUGAAACCCCUCCACUGGUCCCUGAGAGAAAUCGCUGCGAAGGUGUGCAGGACCCAGAGGCUGUGCGGCUCCCUGCGGAGGAGCCUUCGCGAGAUCGAGACCCAGCUCCCGGCGUUGCUGGAGGCCAAAAUGCUGGCCGUGUCAGGAAACCAUUUCUCCACGGCCAAGGAGCUCGCAGAGGAGAUCGGCGCGCUGACCGUGGAGAGGGACGGGCUGGAGGGCCUCCUGGCCCGGCUGGCGGGGCUGAGCGCCAGGAACGUCGCCGCGCUGGGGGGUGUGCAGGCCGAUUACAGCCGGCUGCAGAGGGAGCUGGACCGCGGGAAGGCCGCCCACGAAGCCAGCGUGAAGGAGGAGGCCGAGAGGUACAUGGACGCGCUGGAGGGCAAGCUGCGCAGCUGCCCGUGUCCGCUGCUGGGAAGAGUGUGGGAAGCCGACGUGGAGGCUUGCCGGUUGCUGAUCCAGAGCCUGCAGCCCCCGGAGCCGCGGGGCAGCCCGUCUGCAGAGGAUGAGCCGCAGCUCGGUGACUUGGCGGGAGACGGCCCCGGGCCCCACGCCGCCGAGGAUGGGAGCAGGACCCCCCUGCAGGCGUCCGGGGAGUGGAAGGCGCCCCCGGCUCCCUCUCCCCACCGUGCUGCCAGCGAACAGCGAGAGGGACCGCACACCCUUUCUGCAGAGCUGGGCGAGAAAUGCGAAGCUAUCGGCAAGAAGUUGCUGUGCCUGGAGGAUCAGCUGCACGCGGCCAUGCACAGCCACGAUGAAGUCCUCAUUCAUAUCCUUUCCAUUCGCGUGGAUGAACCGCCCGCCAGGUGGUUCUGUAAACGCAGGUCUUAGAACAGCGGUUCUCAACCUGGGGGUCGCGACCCCUUUGGGGGUUGAACGACCCUUUCACAGGGGUCGCCUAAGACCCUCGGAAAACACAUCUAUAAUGACGUAUUGUUUUUGUGAUGAAUCACUAUGCUUUCAUGAUGUUCCAUUUGUCACAAUGAAAUUGGGGGUCACCACAACAUGAGGAACUGUAUGAAAGG